GGGAGGGGGUGGGGUCGUGAGAGUACCUCUGUGGUGGUGGUGGGGGCGGCCUGUGAAGGUGUCAUGGCUGCUGCAGCUGAGCUUAGUCGCCCGACGAUCGGUGACAGGAGCCUGGAGCAGAGCUGCAGCCCCAACCUCUCCCAAGAGGUACUCUGCGAAAUCUUUCGCUCCCUGCAUACCCUGGCUGGACAACUUAACCUCAGAGACGAUGUGGUGAAAAUUACAAUCGAUUGGAACAAACUCCCUGCUUUGCUCUUUAGUGCACUUGAGCAACACAUUUUGUAUUUACAGCCUUUUUUAGCAAAACUUCAGCCUCUGAUUAAAGAGGAGAAUACAACUAUUGUCGAAGAGAUAGGAAAAACAGAAACAGGGAACAAGAAUGAAGUAAAUGCCAAAUUUUCCAUUGGCGACCUACAAGAGGAAGAAAAGCACGAAGAUUGUGAUUUAGGAGAUGUGAAAAAGACACAGAUCCAUUUUGAUCCAGAAGUAGUUCAAAUAAAGGCUGGAAAAGCAGAAAUUGACAGACGAAUAUCUGCAUUUAUUGAAAGAAAGCAAGCCGAAAUCAAUGAAAACAACGUCAGAGAAUUUUGCAAUGUUAUUGAUUGUAAUCAAGAAAAUAGUUGUGCAAGAACUGAUGCCGUUUUCACCCCUUACCCCGGAUUUAAAAGUCAUGUAAAAGUUUCUAGAGUUGUGAAUACAUAUGGACCACAGACUAGAGCUGAAGGAAUUCAAGGUUCAGGUCACAAACCUAAUAGCAUGCUCCGAGAUUGUGGUAAUCAGGCUGUAGAAGAACGACUACAAAAUAUUGAAGCUCACUUGCGAUUGCAGACAGGUGGUCCAGUGCCAAGAGACAUUUAUCAGAGAAUUAAAAAACUUGAGGAUAAAAUCCUUGAAUUGGAAGGCAUCUCUCCUGAGUAUUUUCAAUCUAUAAACUUUUCUGGAAAAAGAAGAAAAAUUCAACCACCUCAACAGAACUAUUCACUGGCUGAACUUGAUGAGAAAAUUAGUGCUCUCAAACAAGCCCUGCUCCGAAAAUCAAAAGAAGCAGAAUCCAUGGCAACUCACCACCUCCCAUGAAAAAUUCCUCUCAUCCUUGUCAUUUUACUUUUUUAUGUACAUGUGUGUAGGUUACACUGAAAUUAAUUAAAUGGAUACAUAUUUAUCAAUGUAGCCUUCCCUCUGAAGUUAUAUAUUCCAGUGAAUUUUCAAAUAGUGAAUGCAUCGAAAAUAGCAUUGUCAGAAUUUAUUUCCUUCUGUUUUAAAGGAGGUCUUUUAGAAAGUAAAAAUCUUAAUUUGAAAGUACAUCUUUGUGUAUACCACAGAAAGAUUGUUUUAAAUGGUGAUAUUUUAAAUGAUUUUAUAUUUGUAACUGAUGUUAACCAGUUUAUUAGUUUAAAUCUGUACGCUAAAUAAUAGGCAUUCAACAAAAAUUUAUUGACAUAAAUGAAUUUUAAGAGAAUGCAUACUUUUUUCCAAAUGUCAAUUUCAAUGUAAAUAAACAAUAGAUACCACCUUUAUUCCCUUA